AACACUAAAUUUCAAAUUCACAUCACUGCCACUCAUGAUGUAAUUGUUCAUAUCAAAAAUCAUAAGUGCAUCUUGCUCUUCACAGAAAGAAGCGACUAUACCCAGAAAACGACAAUAGGGCGAUUGCGUAUACAUCAUAUUGCUGUCUAUGAAAUGACCACAAUUAUAUUGAUUGCCUUUACAAAGAAAAGCAAGAAGCGAGGGAAACCGGUUGUAUUUCAAUAUCUACCUCUUCCUGAAUUUAUGCCACUUUUUUGGAACUUCCACAAAACAUAUCGGAUGCCAGUAACUAUCGCUUUUGAAAAUACUAUUAUUAUGGCGAAGGACGGUACGUUGGUGUCACUGGAUCGUCGAGGAAUAUCUCUAUUAAUCAUGAAAAUCCCCGUUUAAAUCAACCUGUAGCCAUCCGGUUGUGUCUUUUUCCGCAUUUAAGUUAUUUGCGACGAAGGUAAUCAAUACGAAAGAAACUUCUUUGUUUCGCCGCUUCCGUUAAAUGACCAUGACCAUGGAAAUCAGGCUGAAACCUACUUUUUAUCUCAGAAGGUUGUUAGGCGCUGAACCAAAUCCGAAAAUCUGUUUGUCAUGACAAGACUUCACGGCAGAUUGGAGUGAAAAUGUCUCUAUCAUGAUGCAGAACGUGGUGCUGAGGUAUUAAUUCAUCAAGAUCUUAAGGACCCCCUUAUAAGAAGGGUGACAUCUGUUACAGCUACACGAACUUGAAUUUUCGUUUUACCCAGACUGCACACAUAUCCGAAUAUUUCGGUUCAGAAUAGGCUAAGCAAAUGGUUCUCUAUAUGCACAUGUUGCAGGGUCAAUAAAAUCAAUUAAAUAACAUCACCUCAACACAUAGCUCGAUAUUGUAGAGUUAAAAUCUAUAAAUUGGUCAAUGUCCCAGUAUGCAUUGUAUGCGGAAACUGACCAGCAGUACAAGUUUACUUCGUUACAAGCGCAGGGAGUAAGCGAGGCAACUUGUCUGGUAUGUUCACCGGACAAACGAAGAAAAGGAUCAACAUUCCGUAGAUAAUUGGAUUCUGUUACGGUUCUUACCCUCGUGGAUGGAGGAGACGUCCAGGUAUAGAACUUUUGACAAUACAGUUAGCACUUUGCUUUUUGGAUAUUGAUUCUCCAACGUCGUCAGAGAACAGUUUUGGAAUUAUCACAUGAUCGAAUGAUUAUCAUUUGAACGCUGGAUUUUAAUUUACAAGUCAAAAAGUUUGAGAUUGAAAACUACAAACUAGUGAAUGGUGCACGGGACCAAUUCAGGGGCAAGUGGCUUGUCCAAGGCCGUGACCGCGUCUUAUAAACAAUGACAACCAGCAUAGGAGAUUACAUACUCCUCGUGCUGAUAAACAUGGUCCACUUAUUGGUGCUAGCCGAAGCUUUCGGGAUACGGAAUAAAGCUUAUCUUAACCGGACGUUACCGAUACCAGAUGGAAGAAUACCUACAACGGCUUGGUUCGAAGACAUUCUCUUAGACGGGUACGAAAAAAGAGAUCCUCCCUCAGAAUUCCAAGAUCAUCCAGUUAUGGUCAAACUAGGGAUAUAUCUCAAUAGCUUUGAUGCCAUCAGCGAACAGUCCAUGGAUUAUUCCAUCAAUAUAUACCUUCGUGAAGAGUGGAACGACCCGCGCCUCAAAUUUACACCAUUCCCCGGGAAAGGAAAACAAGUGUUAAAGCUUGCCGACUACAUGUGGGACAAACUCUGGGUCCCCGAUGUGUUCUUCAGAAACGAAAAGCAGGCUCAGUUCCACUACGUCACGAGGCCGAAUCGAUUGAUGAGGCUUUACGAGGAUGGCACGGUAUACUAUGCAUCAAAAAUAACGACAACAUUGGCGUGUCCGAUGAAGUUACAUAAAUAUCCGCUUGAUACACAGAUAUGUCCGCUACAGAUCGAAAGUUUUGGUUACACGUCAGAUGUUCUCUUAUACAAGUGGCGAGAGAAGACCGUCGAAAGAGAAGACGAGUUAAUUCUUCCGCAGUUCGACCUGAUAAAUUAUAUAUUAGUGGAUUGUUCCCAGAAUUAUUCCACUGGUUACUACCCCUGCCUUCAAAUAGACUUCAUCCUCAAGCGCAGUAUAGGCUACUACAUGAUUCAAAUCUACAUCCCGAGUGUGAUGAUUGUCAUCCUAUCCUGGGUGGCCUUCUGGAUAAGUAUAGAUGCCAUCCCAGCCAGAGUCACCAUAGGCCUGCUUACCGUCCUGACAAUGACCACCCAGAGUGCUGGAGCGAGACAGCAGCUUCCCAGGGUCUCUUACAUAAAAGCUUUAGACGUUUGGAUGUCCGUUUGUCUCGUCUUCGUGUUUUCCUCCCUACUCGAAUUCGCUGUGGUCAAUGUCUUCUCCCGGAAGGAGAUCAGGCGGUACAUGAGACACCUGCACCCCAUGGAUGACGAGAAGGCCAUCUCGGAGAGAUGCUCCGAAAGAGUAAGUCAUAACAAAAUGGUUCGUAUGAUGGGAGAUAGUGGAGGUGGACAACGUGGGGGUAUGCCGAUGAUGAGAGACAAUGAGGCCCGCGCAAGGGCAAACAUGAUUGACAAACUGUCUAGAAAGCUUUUUCCGCUUGCCUUUGUAGUGUUCAAUGUCGUGUAUUGGGUGUCGUAUAUUUUGUGGUGAGAUAAACAAGGACGUUUGCGUGACGAGAGAAAUGUACAGGAUUCGUUUGUUCAAAUGAUCUCCGUUAGGAAGCGCCACUGCGUUGCGCAGUACUUUGCGCACCAGUGUGUAAAUGCGUUUCUGAUGUGGCAGUGAUGGCCACUGAGAACAGGGCCGGGCCAGAGGUUGCGACAGCCUUCUGUGACUCGGUGCACAUUCAUGACGGCAGUAGGUUUCAGGAUUCCAGCAACCUCAAGUGAGGUCAAGAUUGGAUCCUGGAUUAAAGUGAUCUUUUCCCGUUUGCAAAUAACAUUCAAAAUCAAAAUUUGCCUUUGGUGCAUUGAGUGUUUAUAAUGGGACACCACUCACGAAUAAACCACUGUAAUACAGGUUAAGUGUUUCACUCAGCCCAAAAUUGGUCUUACCUUUGUCAAAGAGAAAUUCGCAUACGCGGAAGAGAUCGCGUUAAGGGAAAAAUCAAGAACCAGCUCAGUGUGUUCAUGGUCUUUUGAUGACGUUGCUGAUAUGAGCAUCGCAUACCAAAAGAGCAUUGUGAAGUUGCAUGAGCGGCUCCUGGAGACGAAGGAACGAACUGAAUAUAGCUUACCAACUGUAUAUAGCUCGUAUGAAUAAUAAUGUUUAUAUCAUCAUGUAUCAUAAAGUAAUGUGCUUUAUAGUCCUGCAAAUGUGGAACAUCAACUUGCUCCUUGUACACCACCAAUACCAUCAUUCGAAUGGUUCAAAUUGACAUUAUCUCGUUUUGUACACGAUGAAGUUGA